CGUAACUGCAAAAUACCCGCCCAUCUUCUCCUCGCCCACCGUUCACAAUUCCUCUUGCUUCCACGGAAUUCGCUCCCUCCUCCUCCCCAUGCUCCGCCACCGCCUCCGACCAUCCCUCCGAUUCCCCGGCCAUGGAAGCUGACGAAUCGGCCGCCGCCUCCACCUCCCUCAGCUCCGACGACGCCUUCUUCGACGCCCUCGAUUCCCUCCCAUCUCCGCCGCCUCCCCACACCGCUUCCUCCUCCACCCUCCGCCGCCGCCUCCCGCGCCGCGGCAGGAGUCUAAAGCAGCGCGAAGGCAGCACCGCCCCGUCCCCUACGCUCUCUGAUUCCUCCACCAUCACCUUCGUCGACGAGGCCCUCAAGCACGAACUCUCCGAGGAGACAAGCUCGCCCCGUCCUCCUCCGUCUCUCGAGGAGGAAGACGAGGAGGAUGUGGCGGCGGCGGCAGAGGAGGUGGAGGAACGGGACACCAAACUAGCACCGGCAGCAACACCGGAACCGACGCCGACGCCGAGCAUUCUCGAGUCCCUCGCCGUGCUCGUCAUCAAAGCGGUGGUGUUCCAAGUCAGCGCGCUCAUCAGCUGCCUCACAUUCCCGAUUCGGCUGCUGCAAUGGUGGUUCCUCUUCGUGACCGACCCUCUCGGAUUGGCGCGGCGAGCGAGGGCGUGGGCGCUCGAGGUAGCUGGACAGGCCACGGGCGCCGUGGCGGCGCGCCUCGGAGGCGGGGAAGGGGUGGGGCGCAUGGUGGCGAGGCUCGCCUGGGGGUCGCUCUGGGCUGUGUACGUCUGCGUGGUUCUCUGCUCGAUUCUGGUUAUGGCGUUCCUAGCAGGGGGGCUCUUGGUGGGGAAAGUCGUGGAGGAGCCCAUUCAGGUCACGGAGACCCUGAAUUUUGAUUACACCAAGCCGAGCCCGGUGGCAUUUGUGCCUGUACAGCGGUUGGUGCCACCGAAUCAGCGGAUGCAACUCGAGGUGUUCCUGACGCUGCCUGAGUCGGAUUACAACAGGAGGCUUGGAGUUUUUCAGGUAAGAGCAGAAUUUCUAUCUGCAGACGGCAAAGUGAUAUCUACCUCAAAUCAACCAUGCAUGCUAAAGUUUAAGAGUGCCCAUAUGCACUUCAUAGAAACUUUUCUGCGGAGCGUGUCUCUUUUGUCUGGCUAUUCCUCAGAAUCUCAGGUCAUAAGACUAAAAAUGAGGGGCAUUACAGAGGCAUCUGAACCAGUUAUGGGAGUAAGGAUAAUCCUUGAGCAACGUGCUGAAUUUAGUCCUGGUGCAGGUAUUCCAGAGAUCUAUGCUGCAUCACUAAAGCUUGAGGCUGAGUUACCUCUGCUCAAGAGAAUACUCUGGAAUUGGAGAUGGACCCUUUUUGUUUGGAGUAGCAUGGGGUUCUUUGUGUUUGAAUUAUUGCUGGCUCUUGUUUGCUGUAGACCCUGUAUAUUUCCCAGGAGUGGACAUAAUGCUGCAGCUUCUUAGGCUAACUCAUGUAAUGUACACUUCAGAAUAAAUGCAAAGGGGAUGUCAAUGUGGCACGGUAUACAACUAUCACGGUGAUUAUUCUUUA